UGGGUUAGGCCAGUGCCUCCCGCUUUGCCUAGCUUACAUUCCUGGCCAGGCCAGCCUAGCGUCCAGCCGCCAGCCCCUCCCUGAGCCUUGCCUGCCUGGCUGCAGAACCCAUAGCCUGUUGCCUUGGCCUGGUGACACAUUCUGCCUUGCACCAUGUUCCACUUGGUGCUUGUGAGCGGGUUGCUGACUGGGUUGCCAUCAUGGGGAGCCUGUGGCCCCCACGAGACCAGCCUCAAUGAGGAACAGCCCCUUGAAGAGUCUGUGGUUACCCUCAAUGAGAGCUGCAGGGAGCGUGUCCUCCAGCAAGUGGGCUCAGCCACCCUCCGGCUGCUACGGUUGGACCGGCCCCCCAGUAUCACAGCCGACCCAACAAGGCAGGUGCAUGAAGCCUGGGCAAAGGAAGCAAUGGAUCUGCUGGCCCUGUCCAGUGUGGAACAGCCCUUCAAUCUCUCGUCCAAUCAGACGCUGGUGACCCGAAGAGAGAGCUGCACCCAAAUUUCCCACCACGUCACAAUGGACGAUCUUGGCUGGCAAAGCUGGGUGCUGCACCCGGAGUCCUUCGUCUUCACCCAGUGCCUGGGGUGCCGGUGCCACCCAAAGGACAAGGACCCUCCGCUGCCCCAUUGGCUUCAAGAAUGUGGACUCGUGCGGCCAAGCCGUCAGCCAGAUGUGGGCGCCAAGCAGAGACACUGCUGUCAGCCACGCCGGAUUCCACUCCCCUUUGUGUUCUUCAGAGAGGAUGGCUCCUUGAUCGUUCGGGCAAUCCGCUUGGAACGAGACUGCAACUGCCGGCCCUGAGGUUUCGCGCCCACCCCGACUGGCGUAGAAGGAGCCCACGCCAAGGGUGACGGGAAUUUGCGAUGGAGGGCUGCUGAACCAUCAACAAGGGAUGCCCCUAAAUCAGCAGUCGCUGAUGCUGGGGGCGGAGCAACGGAAGAACAUUUUCCCCUCCUACAAGGGACAUGAAUGGGAUCCUAUCUCUUCAAGCCAGUCUAUUACAGAGGAACUCGCCAAUCCAAAUAAAAGGCAGGGGCGGGAAUGUGGCCCUCCACAAAUUGCUGGACUACAACUCCCAUUAUUCUUCACCAUUGGCUAUGCUGUCUGGAGCUGAUGGAAUUUGGAGUCCGAUAUCUGGAGGGCCACAGGUUCCCCAUCCCUGCGAGAAAGGCAUCUCUGUGCUGCUGUUUCAGCCAGUUCAAAGCCAGUUUAGCGGUCACAGGUUCCCAAGAACCCUGGGAAUUGUAGUUUUGCAAGGGGACUGAACAGCAUCCUUUAAAAAAUGAAAAAUUAAAUCUCAGCACCGUUACCCUGUGGCAGCUUCUCUCUCUUUCUCUCUCUCUUUUUAAAAAUUGGGAUAAAUUUGUUAGUUCAUUGCUGAGUGAGGUUCAUGCUUCUGCAACUCGUGAAAGGGCCCUCUUAGUGGUGGCUCCCCAGCUUUCAAAUGCCCUGCCUCUUGAGAUUCGGUUGGUGCCAACAUUAGUUGGUUUUCAGCAUCAGCUAAAAACUGACCUCUUUAUCCAUGCUUUCAGUGGCGUGAGUCCUUGAUGUAUUAGGCCACUGACCUUCGUAGUAAGGAAGGAUAGUUGUUAUACUGCUUGAUCUUGUAUUCGUUUUUUAAAAAUGGAAUUUUUUGUACUGUUAGUUUCAUUGUAGUUUUGAUGCACCCUGCCCUGGGAUCAUUUGCUUCAUGAAGGGCAGGUUUAAAACGAAAUAUAUCACUUUUGAGUUGAAAUCUACAAUAAGCUUGCUCCCCCCUUUUCCCCAUUCAGUCCUUGAAUGUGGUUUCCUGAGCCUGGUACCCUCCAGGCUUUUGGACUACAACUCCCACAAGUCUGAACUAGCAUGGCCAACGAUCGGGUUUAAUGAGAGUUGCAGUCCAACAUUAUCUGACAGGGAAGGCUGCCUUUAACACUAAAACUAGAUCUGCCGAUAUGUGCCAUCUCCAUGCCAUGGGAAGCUCUUCCUGUUGAUUUCUGCCGAUCAAGCUGCUGUUAAAUGCACAGGAGCAGAUCAGGGUGUUUUGCUAGGCGAGUUGGCAGCUCUGUCCUAGAACCGUGGUUGACAUCUGCAGAAGAGAAUUGUGGCGUUGGAAGGUCCCUCAAAUGUCAUCUUAGUCCGAUAAAACAAAUAAGCAAAGUGGCAGAAAUUAGAAAGACAGCUCUUUGCCGUCCAGACAUGAAGCAAACCCGUCUAAUGAACUUGUGACAAUUCAACAGGUUUAAUUUUUCAGGAUAGACAUUGCUAUGAUGUCAACUGCUCCAAUUUGGGCACGCAGGGAAGGGGCCAGGGUGAAAAGGGCACAUUUUGUGUUUUAUCCAUAUAAAGAAACACAUACAGACUUAACAAUAAAAACGUAUUGACUAUUUUAAUACAA